AUGGCGUCGUCACCUGUGCACUCCAGCGGACAAACGGCCAUCCUGAAGCACACCAAGAUAACACUCAACAGGACGUUCACGACUGCGCCUGUGAUGCCCUCGCUCAACGAGAACCUGCUGCAACGGGACGUGUUCGACUACGACUUCAACCGCGAGCGCAUCUUCCUGGAGAUCGCCGUGGCCGAGAUCGCCGCCAUGCGCAAGGCGAAGGAAGAGGAGAAGGCAGCGGCUGCGAGCGAGAGGGACGACUCGGACGACGAGCUUGCUCGACAGGGCGCCAAGCUGUCGCUGUCGAGCAGCAUGAGCAGCACGGGACACCAGGACGGCACGCCCACCAAGCCCCGCAGCGCGAGUGAAGAAGACGUGGCAGCCGCCAUCUCUGCAUCUCUGCGCGAAUACUAA